GUGUUCGUGGAGGCCCUCAACAAGCGGGCCGCUGAGUUGCCGCCCGUGGAGGAGGAAGAAAUCACCCACGAUCCGGGCCUGCCACCGGAUGGUUCAGUGGACUCCUCCUCCAAGCCCAUGGAUUUGUUCGACUUUUGCGAGGAGUCUCCCAGCUUCACGAAGCAGGCUCCACCGAUGGUCACCGUGCACUCCACAAAGUCCACCGCUCCGGAGAAGUCCUCGAGUCCAGACAGAUCUUUUGACCCUCAGCAACUGGAUAACGACCCCCUCCUCUUCGGCUGGCAUCAAAGGCUUGCCAAAGGCUGGCGAGACCUGGGUCUUUACGGGGGCUGUGGACCGUGUCGACCUGUAUCGAGACCCUGCUGGAACAGAAUGGGUCAACGAGAUGACAUGCCGAGGUCCAAACAAUGA